CACUGCUCUCACACACUCUGAACAUCACCACAACUGGACAGAGACUGAAUGAAAUUAAAUGAGUGACUUUGUUUUUCUUAUUUGUUCUGGAUGGAUACUCGUUUGCUUGGAGGAUGACAGCAGGAGUCCAGGAACCUGAAUAUGUUUGGAGGCUUAGAGCUAAUGGACAACCUGUCUCCUGCCAAGUGCUGCAGCUCUGUGAAGUCAUUCCGGUGUUUGAGUACGAGCAUCUCUCAGGAGUUUAGUGUGUCACUGGGACCUUGACCCCCCCCACACACACACACACACACAUACACACACACACUCUCUAGCAGACCUCUAAUCUCUAAAAGAUUGAUGAGGACCCGUCCAGGCACUGGAGGCCUGGCACAGCGUUGAUAAGGCAGCUUUCGUUUCAGCACAUUUUAUCCCUCCUUCCUUCCUUCUCCUCUUCUUCAUCACACUGAGGAAAGCUUCAGGUCAAGAAGGACAGUCCUCUCAGAAACUAUGAGAUGCCCUGGGAGUGACAGCUCUGUUUUCUCCUGUCACUCCAUCUUAGAUGGCCGUGUGGUCGGCGAGGAGGACGCCACAGUUGCCAUGUCACUGUCAAACUGCUGGAGCUGGAAUAUAGUGAAACUGCAGAGAGACACUCAGAGCUGAGAGCAGCUGAGCACACGUCCCACACACACACACACACACACACACACGCACACACACUGUUCCACGCAGGACAAUGUGCAACAUCUCGUUCUGUAAUGUGGACAGUAAGGUGGACCAGUUCUUCCAGCCCACGCUCUACAUCAUAGUCAUCGUCCUGGGGCUGCCCACUAACUGCAUGGCUCUGUGGGCGGCCUACAUGCAGGUGCGCCAACGUAACGAGCUGGGCAUCUACCUGAUCAACCUGUCGGUGGCUGACCUCCUCUACAUCACCACUCUGCCUCUGUGGAUCGACUACUUUCUGCAGCACGAUGAUUGGAUCCACGGUCAGGAGAGCUGCAAGCUGUUCGGCUUCAUCUUCUACACCAACAUCUACGUCAGCAUUGCCUUCCUCUGCUGUAUCUCGCUGGACAGGUACCUGGCGGUGGCGUACCCUCUGCGAUUUGCCAAGGUUCGACGGAUCAAAACAGCUGUCCUGGUCAGCGCCAUGGUGUGGAUCAUUGAGAUUGUCGCCAACUCUGCUCCUCUCUUCCACGAUGAGCUCUUCCAGGAUCGCUUCAACCACACCUUCUGCUUUGAGAAGUAUCCCAUGCAGGACUGGGUUGCAGGGAUGAACCUCUACAGGACGUUUCUGGGCUUCCUUGCGCCCUGGACAGCCAUGCUGGUCGCCUACAGAGGGAUCCUUGCAGCAGUGCGCUGCAAUGUCUCAACUGAACGCCAGGAAAAGGCAAAAAUUCAGCGCUUGGCUCUGAGUUUGAUCCUGAUUGUUUUGCUCUGCUUUGGACCGUACCACAUCCUCCUCCUGGUGCGGAGCGUCAUGUUUCUGAGGAAGCCGUGUGACUGUGGCUCUGAGGAGAGCUUGUUUGCAGCGUACCACGUGUCGUUAGCACUGACGAGCUUAAACUGUGUCGCUGACCCCAUUCUGUACUGUUUCGUCAAUGAGGGCGCGCGGCACGAUGUCGGACGAGCCCUCUCAACACUAAUCUCUGUGGCCUGCCACAAAGGCUCCUCUUCCUCACCAUCGCACGUCGACAUGCUGAAUGCUGGUUCGGUUACAAUGGAAACGCCACUAUCGGCGAAGAAGCAGCCUUGUGUGUAUGCUGACGGUGGCAAGACGAGCAGCUACAAGACAGAGCUGGUGGCUCUGAAGGAAGAGUGUCUACAGAUGACCAUCCUCAGUGUCAGGAAGUGACUUGUAACUGCAACAGGAAGUAGCAGGUUCAAACUGUGCAGGUCAGUGGGAGGAGGUAGUUCCUGCAGUACACCUGAUUUCUUCUGGUCUGACAAGUUUGAAUCAGACACACUCAUGGCUGUAGAUCCUUAGAGUCAAUGUUUCCACUCAUUGGCACUGAUGAAGUAAACAGGACGCACAGUCUGUAGCCAUGGUAGCAGCCCCUGCAAAAUGCUUACGCCAAUUAUGAGGGGAGUUCAUGUGCAGAGCCUCAGUGGGAUAGGUGCUGGAUAUGCUGGAUUCGAAAUGUAUGGAGCACAAUGCAAAUGUACUGCCAGUGCAGUGGAAAUGAAUACACCAGAAAACAAAAAUAGUUUGGGCAAAGAAAAAUUAGGAAAUUGCUUUGCAAUUGUUAAAUUGAAGACCUGAAGGUUUGUCAUUUCUACAGUGGCCAUAAAAGGUAUCUCUGACUGACAGCUCGUCAGUUCUACAUCGAUGCCUUGGUUUAAUACCCUGUUCACACUAAUGCGGAUAUUUUGCAAAACAAACUUGUUCCUCUGUGUUUGAGCUUCAUGUCCACACCAAACAUCCAGAUAUUUACAAAUAAACGGUUGUAUUUAUAUAGAGCUUUUCUAGUCUUGAAGACCACUCAAAGCGCUUUACACUACAGUUUGCCAUUCACCCAUUCGCACACACACAUUCAUACAUAUAGUGCAUCUAGAGUAGCACUUUUAUUGUUGUUCUAUGGGGCAAUUUGGGGUUCAGCUUCUUGCGGAUGACCGCUCUACCCCUCAGCCAUAGCCACCCCCACAAACAUGCAGAUUUUCCAAAACUCUGCUUUCCAUGUAGCUGUGUGUUUCCAAAACGAUGACAUCACAGUUCACUUCACGCAUGCCAACUGUUAAAAAGCAACAAUGACAAUGGCGACAUAUUUAACACAUUUCAUUCACAGGCAUCUUGAGCAUGCUCACAAUGUUCUUCACUGGUAUUUGACUGAUCGUUGAUGUAGGCUUUAUCGCCACCUACUGGCCCAGCAUGCAACUUUGAGCAUUUGUAGUCGUUUUUGCGUUCAUGUCUGGAUAUUUAAUAAAAUUGGACAGAUUCAUUUCUAUUUUUUUUUCAAAAAAAUAUCUGCAGUAGUGUCGACAAGGCCUGAAUUACGUUACCUGUGCACGGCUGUGCUGCAUGCUGAUGUCAUCAUAUCAACAUGCUGUGUCAUCAUUAAUCUCAAAACAGCUGAAGGCUGCCAAGGAUUCAGACAUUGGAAAACUCAUGCAGCGUUGCACCAAAGGAAUUUCUUGUCUGCUGGUGACGCAGUAUGAAAAGUCAGGGGCCCACAAAUGUCCUGAGGAUUCAGCCUCAGUGCACCAUAAAUGUCUGCAACACUUUUCAUGCCAAUCCAUCCAGUGGAUGUUGAACUGGUUCAGCAUUGGAGCAACAGAAUGACAGACCAGCUGACAGCCCUACAGCCAUGUUGGGGGUGUGGCUAAUAAAGCAAAUUUUAUCACUGUGCCAGGAUUCAUUCAUACCCGAGAGGACAUCCUCUGAUAUUUGAGUGGAAUUAUUUAAACAGACACCUUCUGCAUGGGUGAGCACUGACAGGAAGACACCUUUAUAUUCAGACUGUUUGGACAUCCAUCUGGACAAAGUGCAAAUAUAAUUGUAUGGGGUUUGACACCUACAGCUGCCACUUUGGAAUAUGCAAGAAGAACAGAGGUGUAAUGAAAUAACAGAUUCCUGGUCAAAACAAUUUGUAAUGCUUGUUGGAAAUGUCUUUACUGUUACGUUAGUUGUUGAAGGAAACAGUGAGGCCGUGUGAAGUACCUCAGCUCGUAAACUGUGAUAGAUUGAAAUUGUGUUUCUAACUUAAUGUGAGCCAUGUUGUUUUCUAUUUCUUUCUUGUUAAGACAAAUUAAAAUCAAAACCAUUGACUGAAUUCAGCUCAGUGUGAAAGUCCGUCCAUGCUGGUUUGGAACAUUCACUGCAAAAGACGCAAACCAUGGUUCGAUUUGAUCCAGAGCGGGAGCACCUCUUUUGGUUGGAAAAAAAUUUAGUCCAUUGGUCUGGAUGUGGUUAUCUUAGUUCGGACUAAACUGUAAAUUCUCUAGGUUUGGAUCAAACAAAGUGUGCAAGUGUCCUUAUCUUUGCAUGUGAUUAAAUGCUCAUCAAAAGAAUAAAUAAAUCCUACACACUGGACCUUUAAUAGCUGCUUCUAUAUCAAAUACUGAAGACAAAGAAAGAAAAGAUGUCACUUUAAGAAGUGCAGACUGGAAACAGCAGUGAGAGCAGAAGCAUCUUCAGCUAUUCAAGUAAACCAAAUGUAAACAUUUUCCACAUUAUAAGAGUCCUUCAUGUGAUCAGACAUACUGACAUACUGUACUUACUUUCCUUGUGUGCAGUAUUAUUAUUUCAUGGUGAUAGACAAGUCUCCACGUUGCAGUUCCACCUGCCAACUAUUACAUCAGAGGGAUGAGAAUGUUUUUCAAUGUUGUCUCGGCAUGAGAGCGUAUCUGUGUUCAGGGUAUUUUUGGUUUUUGGACACUUCCAGCUCGUCAGGUUUUGCCCUAAACGCUGCUCUGUGUGUGCCGCUGCUUUUCUUGUGGGUCUGUAUGUAUGUCUCAGAGAGAAGGUACCAGGCUUCAUAAUGUGCAUUAGUUGAUCGACA